CGCGGGUACGGCGGCGGCGCGCGCGUGCUCCGUCGGCCUGUGCGGCGGCUGCGGCGGAGCGGGCCAUGGCAGUGGGUGGCGGGCGAGUGUAGUGCUGCACCGGGCAGGCGGGAGGUGAUCUAGAGAGGCAGGGAUGGGGUCGCCGAAGCGGAGCGGUUGCGGUGGCCUGGGUUGCUGACCGCGGACUAGGAAUAGUAGCAGGCGGCGGCGGCGGCGGAGCGACGGGCAGUAUAUGUUCUAACUGGAAAAAGUCUUCCAUGAAACCGUCACUUUAAAAAAAUAAGUAAUGGCAUCUGUUUCCCUAAAAGACUGAAAUGGGGGCAAUCAUUCUUAGCAGGUCAUACUCUGUUACCCAGGCUGGAGUGCAGUGGUGCAAUUAUAGCUCACUGCAACCUUGAACUCCUGGGCUCAUGCAGUCUUCCCACCUCAGCUUCCUGAGUAGCCAAUACUGCAGUGCCCCGUGGUUAUGAAUGUGCUUCAGUUUCAUAAUGCCUCCUGCUAUGGCAGACAUCCUUGACAUCUGGGCAGUGGAUUCACAGAUAGCAUCUGAUGGCACCAUACCUGUGGAUUUCCUUUUGCCCACUGGGAUUUAUAUCCAGUUGGAGGUACCUCGGGAAGCUACCAUUUCUUAUAUUAAGCAGAUGUUAUGGAAGCAAGUUCACAAUUACCCAAUGUUCAACCUCCUUAUGGAAAUUGACUCCUAUAUGUUUGCAUGUGUGAAUCAGACUGCUGUAUAUGAGGAGCUUGAAGAUGAAACACGAAGACUCUGUGAUGUCAGACCUUUUCUUCCAGUUCUCAAAUUAGUGACAAGAAGUUGUGAUCCAGGGGAAAAAUUAGACUCAAAAAUUGGAGUCCUUAUAGGAAAAGGUCUCCAUGAAUUUGAUGGCUUGAAGGAUCCUGAAGUAAAUGAAUUUCGAAGAAAAAUGCGCAAAUUCAGUGAGGAGAAGAUCCUGUCACUUGUGGGAUUGUCUUGGAUGGACUGGCUAAAACAAACAUAUCCACCAGAGCAUGAACCAUCCAUCCCUGAAAACUUAGAAGAUAAACUUUAUGGAGGAAAGCUCAUUGUAGCUGUUCAUUUUGAAAACUCCCAGGAUGUGUUUAGCUUUCAAGUAUCUCCUAAUAUGAAUCCUAUAAAAAUAAAUGAAUUGGCAAUCCAAAAACGUUUGACUAUUCAUGGGAAGGAAGAUGAAAUUAGCCCCUAUGAUUAUGUGCUGCAAGUCAGCGGGAGAGUAGAAUAUGUUUUUGGUGAUCAUCCACUAAUUCAGUUCCAGUAUAUCCGGAACUGUGUAAUGAACAGGACCCUGCCCCAUUUUAUACUUGUGGAAUGCUGCAAGAUCAAGAAAAUGUAUGAACAGGAAAUGAUUGCCAUAGAGGCUGCCAUAAAUAGAAAUUCAUCUAAUCUUCCUCUUCCAUUACCACCAAAGAAAACACGAAUUAUUUCUCAUGUUUGGGAAAAUAACAACCCUUUCCAAAUUAUCUUGGUUAAGGGAAAUAAACUUAACACAGAGGAAACUGUAAAAGUUCAUGUCAGGGCUGGUCUUUUUCAUGGUACUGAGCUCCUGUGUAAAACAGUCGUAAGCUCUGAGGUAUCAGGGAAAAAUGAUCAUAUUUGGAAUGAACCACUGGAAUUUGAUAUCAAUACUUGUGACUUACCAAGAAUGGCUCGAUUAUGUUUUGCUGUUUAUGCAGUUUUGGAUAAAGCAAAAACAAAGAAAUCAACGAAAACUAUUAAUCCCUCUAAAUAUCAGACCAUCAGGAAAGCUGGAAAAGUGCAUUAUCCUGUAGCGUGGGUAAAUACGAUGGUUUUUGACUUUAAAGGACAAUUGAGAACUGGAGACAUAAUAUUACACAGCUGGUCUUCAUUUCCAGAUGAACUUGAAGAAAUGUUGAAUCCAAUGGGAACUGUUCAGACAAAUCCAUAUACUGAAAAUGCAACAGCUUUGCAUAUUAAAUUUCCAGAGAAUAAAAAACAACCUUAUUAUUACCCUCCCUUCGAUAAGAUUAUUGAAAAGGCAGCUGAGAUUGCAAGCAGUGAUAGUGCUAAUGUGUCAAGUCGAGGUGGAAAAAAGUUUCUUCCUGUAUUGAAAGAAAUCUUGGACAGGGAUCCCUUGUCUCAACUGUGUGAAAAUGAAAUGGAUCUUAUUUGGACUUUGCGACAAGACUGCCGAGAGAAUUUCCCACAGUCAUUGCCAAAAUUACUGCUGUCAAUCAAGUGGAAUAAACUUGAGGAUGUUGCGCAGCUUCAGGCACUGCUUCAGAUUUGGCCUAAACUGCCCCCCCGGGAGGCCCUAGAGCUUCUGGAUUUCAACUAUCCAGACCAGUAUGUUCGAGAAUAUGCUGUAGGCUGCCUGCGACAGAUGAGUGAUGAAGAACUUUCUCAAUAUCUUUUACAACUGGUGCAAGUUUUAAAGUAUGAGCCUUUUCUUGAUUGUGCCCUCUCUAGAUUCCUAUUAGAAAGAGCACUUGCUAAUCGGAGGAUAGGGCAGUUUCUAUUUUGGCAUCUUAGGUCGGAAGUGCACAUUCCUGCUGUCUCAGUACAGUUUGGUGUCAUCCUUGAAGCAUACUGUCGGGGAAGUGUGGGGCACAUGAAAGUACUUUCCAAGCAGGUUGAAGCCCUCAAUAAGUUAAAAACUUUAAAUAGUUUAAUAAAACUGAAUGCAGUGAAGUUAAACAGAGCCAAAGGGAAGGAGGCCAUGCACACCUGUUUAAAACAGAGUGCUUACCGGGAAGCCCUCUCUGACCUGCAGUCACCCCUGAACCCAUGUGUUAUCCUCUCGGAACUCUAUGUUGAAAAGUGCAAAUACAUGGAUUCCAAAAUGAAGCCUUUGUGGCUGGUAUACAAUAACAAAGUAUUUGGUGAGGAUUCAGUUGGAGUGAUUUUCAAAAAUGGUGAUGUUUGUUUUCCCUUAGAUUUACGACAGGAUAUGUUGACACUCCAAAUGUUGCGCUUGAUGGAUUUACUCUGGAAAGAAGCUGGUUUGGAUCUUCGGAUGUUGCCUUAUGGCUGUUUAGCAACAGGAGAUCGCUCUGGCCUCAUUGAAGUUGUGAGCACCUCUGAAACAAUUGCUGACAUUCAGCUGAACAGUAGCAAUGUGGCUGCUGCAGCAGCCUUCAACAAAGAUGCCCUUCUGAAUUGGCUUAAAGAAUACAAUUCUGGGGAUGACCUGGACCGAGCCAUUGAGGAAUUUACUCUGUCCUGUGCUGGCUACUGUGUAGCUUCUUAUGUCCUUGGGAUUGGUGACAGACAUAGUGACAACAUCAUGGUCAAAAAAACUGGCCAGCUCUUCCACAUUGACUUUGGACAUAUUCUUGGAAAUUUCAAAUCUAAGUUUGGCAUUAAAAGGGAGCGAGUGCCUUUUAUUCUUACCUAUGAUUUCAUCCAUGUCAUUCAACAAGGAAAAACAGGAAAUACAGAAAAGUUUGGCCGGUUCCGUCAGUGUUGUGAGGAUGCGUAUCUGAUUUUACGACGGCAUGGGAAUCUCUUCAUCACUCUCUUUGCAUUGAUGUUAACUGCAGGGCUCCCUGAACUCACAUCAGUCAAGGAUAUACAGUAUCUUAAGGACUCUCUUGCAUUGGGGAAGAGUGAAGAAGAAGCACUCAAACAGUUUAAGCAAAAAUUUGAUGAGGCGCUCAGGGAAAGCUGGACUACUAAAGUGAACUGGAUGGCCCACACAGUUCGGAAAGACUACAGAUCUUAACGAUCAGCCUUUGCUCCUAACGUAUUUGUUGGUUUCAUUUCAUUUUCAUUUUGCACUUGCACUAAAUCGAACCUGACCCUGUCAGAGUUGUUAUAAAGGGAAUGAAAUCCUGGAACUCAGAGUUAAAUUAAGAACAAGGCAUCCCACAGAACCUAAUCUGAAUAAUCCCCGAUAUUCCCUCUGCUUUUUGAAUACUUCCAAGACUUAUCAUGAAAACUGUCAAUGGAUAAUCAUUUCCUGCUGACUUUGCACGCCAAGGAAUGCUACUAGAGAUUGUUUCUGUUUUUGUUUGUUUUUUCUAAUGUUUGGUACUUUCCCAGAAUGGUGUAAAUACUUCUUUUCAAUAUUGUGACCAAGUGUUGUCACUCAGCCAACAACUUAUCCACACCUGAGAGUUGGUGGCUAUUCUUACUUUCCAAAUGAGGCUGAAAAGAAAAGCAUCUAUCUUUCUUCCCUUUGAAAAUUGUAUAAACUGCAAAUCAUAAUAUAAUUUGAAUUUAUGAUUAUUUUCGAGAAGAAAUCUUUUAAACCUGUGGACACGCAUUAAUUCUUUUGUUAAUAUUUAUCUCCAUGAUAGCAUCAUUCCAGCCAGACUUGCUGAAAAUCUACUGGUGAGGCAAAUAUAAUAUAUAUAAAUAUGCUACAUAUAUAUUUAUAAAAUUUCUAGUGGGAGUUCUAUAUAAAUGUUUCUUUGGUAUUCUUCAACUUGUGUUUUAAAGUUUUACAGAAAGCAGAGCUUUUUCCUAAGUUACUUUUCAGUUAGGUAACUGUGUGAUCCAGUUCUUCCAGCUGCUUCUAUAAUGAGGCACAUAUUAAUAUGGUUUUUAUAUGGUAUCUAUGAAAGAGUUCACUUCAUAGAGAAUAAUACUUGAGCAAACGUAUCCAAGAAAGCAAGCAAAUGAAAAGAAACCUAUUUAUGGAAUAAACUCCAGAUCUGAAAUUCAGUAUUUUAGAAAAAUGCCAGCUCUUCUUACUGUAUUUAUUAAAACUUGUAAUAAUGUGAUUUUUUUCAAGGAUAUUAGUUCAAGUUGAAAUGGUUUCAUGCCACAUAGAAAUCUUUAAGUUAAUUGUUGAGGUACCAUAUAUUUAGGGUGCUAGGGGCAAGUAAUGUUAAUAUGUGCAAUAGGAACUACUGGUUUGAAUGUGUAAAUGGAUGAUCUCUCUGAGUUCUGGCAACAUCCAGCAAAACUACUGCUUAUUCUCCAAAGAAUACUGGGAGCUCUCAAUCCUCAAUGAUAUGGGACAGAGAACUGAGUAUUUGCCCUUUGACUGAGUUUUCUAUAGGAAUUUUAUUAAAGAAUGUUUAAUUUUGUUGUUCUUCUUAAGGUUCUCAGUCAAAUAAACGAGUGAGCUGGUUUCAGCUGUUCUUGGAA